AUGGGGGCCCCCGUGGCAGCAGCGGAAACAGGGGAGGGGAGGCAGCGCUGGAGGCAUCAGCAGCAGCAGCAGCAGCUGCUGAAGCACUCUGCUGCAGCAUCAAAGUUUGCUCGCUCUGCGGGCUCUGUCUGUUCAGUUGGACGUGGUGGGUUGUCGUUGUUUUCAUGUGCAGCAUCUAGGCUGCGUUUUUCUUUCGUACUGCAGCAGCAGCAGCUGCAGCAGCUUCUGCUGUUGCUGCUGUUUCUGCUGCUAGGAGUUGUUAUUGGUGGUGGGGUUGCUGCAUCAGAGGAGACAGCAGGAGGCGGUGGGGGCUGGGCUGAUGGAGUUUCUAUAGGCCCCUCACAAGUGCUGCUGCCGUGGGUACCGCCUUCACUCGCUUCGAUAUUCCCAGCAGUGCGAGCGCAGCUUCAGCUCGAGGGGUUCAGUGGGGGCCCCCACGGGGGCCCCCCUGGGGGCCCCCCUGGGGGCCCCGUGUGUUUCUAUUGGGCUGCACAGAACCCUCACGUUGUAUCGCUGCUGCACCCUGACUGCUCGGCGGAGCAGCCUGCUGCAGCCUGUCAGCUGGAUGGUGACGCUGCUGGGGGUGUUAGAGGGUCAGCAGUGGGGGGGGCCCCCCUGAAGGGUACUGGUGGUGGGGGCCCCCAUUGUUUCUCUCGCGUAUUGGUUGAGGCAGCACCGCAGCCUGUAGCUCGCCGUGUAUCCUCAUGGGUGUUUGCUUCUGCUGAGCGAGGCGUAGCAGCUCUCCCCGAGAGUCAAAUAGGGGCCCCCAAGGGGCCCCCUGAAACCGCAUCAACAGCCGCCGCCGCCGCCGCCGCAGCAGCAGCAGCAGCAACAGCAGCAGGAGGUGUACUGCGUCGUAGUUUUCGCGCUCAGGUGUUGGUGGCUCCCCUGGAGGACGGGCGCCAGGAGGUGGUUCGUUUGCCCCAGCCGGAGUUCAAAUGGAGUGUACAGGCAGCUCCCAUCGCCGACUCUGCUGCUGCUACCAGCAGCAGCAGAAGCAGCAGCAGCAGCAGCGAUGAGAGCGAGGAGGAUGGUUUGGUGCAGGUUACAGACGCGGGUGUUGUUAGAGUGGGGUUGCUGCAGCAGCUGCAGCAGCAGCAGCAGCAGCACGGCGAGGCCCCGCUGCUGCACCGAGUUGUUGUUAGCUGCCUAGACACCCGAACGGGGGAGCAGCUGCAUGCAGACGUUGCUGUGGCGCUACCUGCAGCAGUUCAUCUUUUGUAUGAAGACACAGAAACCCUCAACGCUCAGCCUCUGUGGAGACAAGCAGCAGCAGCAGCAGCAGCAGCAGCAGCAGCUGGCAGCAGCAGCAGCAGCAGCAGCAGCAGUUCUGAGAAAACUCUGCUGCUGCGGCAGCUGAUAGAGGCUGAGGAGGCCAUCAGCAUUGGCCCUGCUGCCUCUGCUCUGCGUCUGUCUCCUCUAACAAGAGAAGCAGCAGCAGCAGCAGCAGCAGCAGCAGCAACAGGAGCAGCAGCAGCAGCAGCAGCAGCAGCAGAGCCUGUUGUUGUUUAUCUAACCCAAGGCAAAGAAUAUCCGAAGACACAGAAACCCUCAACGCUCAGCCUCUAUGGAGACAAGCAGCAGCAGCAGCAGCAGCAGCAGCAGCUGGCAGCAGCAGCAGCAGCAGCAGCAGCAGUUCUGAGAGCAGCAGCAGCAGCAACAGCAACAGCAGCAGCAGCAGCAGCAGCAGCAGCAGGAGAGACAGAGGAAGGACCUUGUCCCCUUGAGAAAGUGGCGUCCCCACAACAGCAGCAGCAGCAGCAACAGCAACAGCAGCAGCAGCAGCAGCAGCAGCAGCAGCAGCAGGAGAGACAGAAGAAGGACCUUGUCCCCUUGAGAAAGUGGCGUCCCCACAACAGGUAA